AUGCCCACACAGGCCCACUUCGUGCUGCAGAAGCCCUACGACGUGCCGGUCAACGAGCGGUACGACCCGUGCGGCGGCGUCCGCCGCAUGUGGGUCUUCGACACCGACAAGCCCAUCAGCUCGACGCACCCCGGCGGCGCGCUCACCGAGAUCAAAGUCGACAAUAUCUACAGCUCGGGAGUGUGGCAGUUCGAGGGCGACAUGUACGUGCCCUCGGGCACGUCGGGCGCGUCGGUGAUGCAGGUAUUCGGCGCGGCGACGCACGCCACGACGCUGAUGCUGCACGUCUACGACGGCCAGCUCACCUACUACCACGAGCUGACCAAGGUGGUGGUGGACCGUGUCUACGACCGGUGGAUCCGGCUUAACGUCAUCCACGACGUCGCCGCGGGGAACGUCACCGUGUUCGUCGACGGCGAGAGGCGGCUGGGCGCCCCGGGCCAAGGUGGGAAGGAGCACUACUUCAAGUUCGGCGUGUACAAGCAGUCGCACCACAACCCGUCUCACCGCAUGGAGUCCCACUGGAGGAACGUUGCCAUUUACACCAAGCCUUGA